AUUUAAACCUGCACAUAAUUAAUAAAUUGAAAUUCAAAAUUAAUUUUUUUUUACAAAGCUUAAAGAACUUAACUUCCAUUUCUAUCUUAAGGAUGGUUUGGAUUUAUAUCAUUGGUUGAUAGUUUUACUUAUUCAUUGGGAUGGUUUGCUCGUUUCGAAGGUGUGUUAAAAUAGUUACUGCGCUUAUUGUCACUCAAGUUAUUUUAUCAAUAAAAAACUGGAUUGAAAUGAGAGAUGUUCGUUUACGAGAUGAAAUCAUUAUUAAGGGGCGUGUUGAAAAACCAGAUGAAUACCCGUUUCAAGAUCCACCAAGCUUCCAUGACGAGAACUGUAACGAAAAAAAGAAAAAUAUUCUAUUUCUAAAAACUCAUAAAACCGCAAGUAGUACCGUUACAAGUAUAUUUAACAGAUUUGCAGACAUCAAUAACUUAUCAAUAGCAAUACCGUUAUAUAACAACAUGUUUCGUUGGCCCUAUUCUUUUAGUAAAAAUUCUGUUGACUUCUUAAGGCUGAGAUUAAAGUCUGCAAAUAUAUUAUGUAAUCAUGCUGUUUACGACAGGAACGAGUUCUUUAAAGUAAUGAUAACUCCUUUUAAAACGGUUACAAUAUUACGUGAACCGGUUUUACAGUUUUAUUCAGCAUUUUAUUACGGCAAUUUUACAAAAUCAUUCGAAUUGCAACAGUAUCGUGAUCCAGUUGAACAAUAUAUUAAAAAUCCAAGAAAAUAUUAUCGUUACUUUCGAAAAAUUGGGUCUUUACAUUUUCUAUUACAAAAUAGCCAAUCAUUUGAUUUAAACUUUCCAAGAUUUUCCAAGAGGUUAUAUAACAACACGUUUACGGAUUUUUUGAAUUAUCUGAAUAAGUCUCUUGAUUUUGUAAUGAUAUCAGAGUACUUUGAUGAGGCAGCAAUUAUGUUAAAAGAUAUGCUAUGCUGGAGCUACAUGGAUAUUGUUUAUACAAAGAAAAUGAUAAGCGUUGAUUUGAAUUAUAAAACUACAACUCCUUCUAUAAACGCAACCACAUUGAUAAGAUCAUGGAACUCUUUGGAUGUCAAGCUUUACGAUUUUUUUUUGAAAAAAUUUUUAUCAAUAAAAAAGACAUAUAAUGAUAAAAUAUUUUCUAAAAAACUUUUAAAUUACAAAAAACUAAAUAAAUUAGUGACUGAAUUUUGUCAAAUAGUCAAAUCAGAAGACCAGAAAUCUGAAGACCAGAUAGUUAAAAAACAAUUAUAUGAACAGUUAAAUAAGACACAAUCAGACGAGAAUUCAAUAAAAAAACAAUCAGAUGGCCAAAUAAUUGAAAAUCAAACAGAUGACCAAUUAGUUGAAGAGCAAUCAGAUGAUCAAUCUAUUGAAUAUCAAUCAAAUAAGAGAUCAGUUAAAAAGCAAAACGAAAUUACGGCGUUUCUUUACGAAAUAGGAGAGGAACCUCCUUUAGUUUUUCUGCAUCAACCAAAAUGUUUUUGUAACAAAAUCUCAAGAAGCGAAAUUGAAUACCUCCGAUAUUUUGAAAACAAGUUUCCACAGUACUAUUACGCAAAAAAAAAGCCACAUGAAAACGCGUUUUAUGAUUGUUGACCUUUAGGCUUAGACACUGGGCGCCAGUUAAAAAGAUUUAAUAAGUCAUAAAAGUUAACUUUUGUACCCUUUAUAUAUAAUUUAUUAAAUCUUUUCCUUUUAACUAAUAAAUGAGUGUGUUUACUAUUUAUUUAGUUAAAUAGAUAUUAUUCUCAAUGGAACAAACACUUGUUCCAUUAAAAACACAAAGCCAUUAUUUAAACU